AUGGAGCUUCAUCGUUUGAGGUUUUCUUCACCCAUCUCUCCGAGCUGUGAUGAUGACGAGGAAGAGAAUCACCCCGUACAGCCUCAAUCCACUUCAUCAUAUAUAACAACACCGAUAGUAUCGUCCUCAAUGAUGAGUAGUAGACGAGCAGCACAACAAUCAACCUCAAUAACAUCACCCUUAAUUGGGCGAGCGGACGGAGGAUCUAGUAGGCAAUCACAGCCUUACUCAACAACAACAAGUCAUAUUAGUAGUAGUAGUAGUAGUGGUAGUACUAUCACAGUUGCGAGCAAUGGUAAUAGCUCAACUCAGCCUUCUUCUGCCAUCAAUGCUAGUAGUACAACAACAGCCAUCAGUGGUUCUCGCGAGUAUGAAGGAGCUACAAAAUUGACACUAUUGGACAAGUUAAAGCUGAGAGCCUUGGCUCGUAGCAACAAUAAGCGUACCUCAACUCAGUAUAAUCAAGUCGAAGACAACGAUGAUUUACCAAUGGGUCCUGUGGAGCUGACAUCUUCAAGCAACAUUACCACCACAGCAAACGAGGAUGAUAUGGCAUUGCCAUCAAAUCACACGAUCACCAUCAACACUCCGAGCAAAACCUCUUCAUCCUCUCUUCUCAUGGAAGAAAUCAUCGAUUCGUCAUUAUCAUUUAGCACGCCUGUAUCAUAUUCUCGUAAUAUAUUUCCCAAUUCUUCGAAAGUUUCCAAUAGCACCAUCAGCACAACUGCUACUGGCAGUAGAAGAUCCAAUUCAACUCCUCCCAAAUGUACAAGUACACCUUCAACUAGUCGUGUGGAAGGCUCGUCAAACCAUACCUCUUCAAUUUCAGAUCGUUCAUUUCGAUCAUCUUCAGAUGCCAAUAACACAACACAACCAUCAACUUACAAUUUACAGGUCAAUACGGGUAGUACAGGUACAUGUUUACAGAGCUCCCCAAAGUCACCAUCCAGUCCCUCCACUGACACUCUCUCUUCUAUCAGCAUUUUUAACAAGUCUUUUGAGGCAGAAGAUGCCAUUUUAUCGUCACAUGAAACACAAUCCUUGAAAUGCAUUGAAGUGGGGAUUCCAGAAAAACAGUUAACAACCAACUUUGUACUCAUUGAUCAAAAGGAUAUGGGAAAUACCAUUGACACGUUAAGGAUCAAUGCAGAAAAUAUUGAAGAGGAUUUGAGAAUGAUACGCUCUCAAUUUGCCAAGUUCCAAGAAAAAUUGAAUGAGAAAGUGGUCAACAUUCACAAAUCAUUGGAUUUGUUUUGUGGCUCGUCAGAUUUUGCUGUCGACUCGGAAAAAUCUAAAUGGAAAUUCAAACGAAAAGAAGAUUUUCUAGUGCUUCUGGAAACAUUCACACGCAAUGAGCGGUUAGAAGAUUUGUACAAUUUGUUGAAAGUGUAUAGAGCUGGGUUAAAACAAAAUGUUUUUGAUUAUACAGACGUAUAUUUGAGGAGUUGUGUAGAAAAGAGUGCGAAAACAUUCGAACACAAACUUAAAUUUUUACAAGAUUUAGAAUCAACAGAAACAGAAGUUUCAUCAUUUCUUAACAAUAUUUAUGAAAAUAUUGAGCUCGUUAUUGUAGAGGCGGAGCAACGAAAGAACAUUGACGAUCAUGUCAAAGCUUUAGAGAAGAACGAAACAACUUAUAACAAUUGUCUUAAGCAUUAUUCGGAAACCUUUGGCAAAGAAACAUCAUGCAAGGUGAAUAAGAUAAGGACCCUACUCGAUGAAAGCCAUUCAUUGAUGGAGCUAUUAACCAUAGUAUUGAGCGACCUGGCCAGAGAAUCAUUUUUUGAAGUGGAGAUAUUCAAGAGGAAAAUUUCUUCUGAUCAAGUUAGACUUGUAAAAACUACACAAUAUUUAAUCAAUAUUAUGCAGCAUGCGUAUGAAACAAAGAAAAAUAUCAAAGAUGCAAUUUUCAAAAAGGACAUUGAACAAGUAAGGCACUAUGUACUUCGAAUGGCAAAGGAGUUGCCUUCUCCAGGCGUUGAAAAUAUUUUCCUUAAAUCCUCGCUUCGACAUGCACACAUAUUUUUGGAACAAAAUUCAGAAUUGCCUGAAUUGGAGACAGAGAUGGAUGAUAAGGAAAAGAGAAAACGAGAAGUAAUUGAGAGAAUCAAAAACAUCAUUGAAAAGUCAGACAAUUUUAGUGCCGAAAAGCAGAACAAGUUUACACAAUUACUCUUAAAAUCUGGGAUCAGAGAUGCAACCGUGCUCAAGGAGCUUCGUUUGGCGUGGGAGGAGAAAAAGACGAAACUUAAUGAAAAUAGAAUUUGUAAAAUGCUCGAGAAAUACAUUGAAGAGGAACAAAUUUCAAGUAUCGAGACAUUGCUUGAAUCUAAAGAUUGUUUUGAGCCAAUUACAGAAGAGCUAAGAGUUCUUAAGAGAAAAGCAAGAAUUCUUAUUUCAAGGAAAAAACUACACAUGGAAGGUUCCUCUGAAGAAAACAUAUCAAAACAAUAUGACGAUCAUUUUAUCGAUGACAAGGCCUGUGGCAACAGUUCUAAAUUCGAUAAUGCCGAUACCAUUGAGAAAUCAGCCCAUAAUUUUUCCACACGCCUAACGAAAGUUAUUGACACGAGAAAUUUAUCUCAUCUUGAUUUACUUGAACAAGAGUUUGUUCAAUACGUGGAUGACCAUGAAGUGUCGCUGUUGUGGGACAAGGUGUGUACCUUAAAGGAGCAACAAGAAAAGGCCAUUCACCAAAUGAAUGUAAUAAUACUGAGCGGUAAUAGUGACUACAAGCAAAUAAUGAACACUCUGUCACAACUGAGAGAGUAUUUGUCCCGAGAACAAUAUGAUAAUUUUUUAAGACGGUGGAGAAAACACCGUGUGGAGCUUUUUGAAAGCGAAAUCAACAUCGCUCUCCAAGAAGACAAUGAGCAAGAAAUGCUCCGGCUCUGUGUUUAUUUCAAAUCUAACAAAGGAACUAUUUUUGAAAGGAAUGACACACUGUCGGAGUUGGUGGACUCAUUGCACAAGCGGGCUGGCAGUAUUUCUGAAUGCAGAAAAGAAUUACAAGAGGCAAUCGAACGAAGAGAGCAGAAAGAAAUUGAAACAGCAAUCAUUAAGGCACGCCGAUUCAAGUCCUUACGUGAGGAGAUUUUCCAAGCAGAAAACAUAUUGAAUACGAUUAGUGAAGAGUUUAACGAUUUAUACAUGUUAGAACGAGCCAUGAAAUCGAAAAAUCCGCUCGUACUGAGGAGAUGCCUUCAAAAUGAAAACACUGCUCACAACUCUUCCGAUAGACUACACACUCUUCGCCAGCAAGCCAAUACGCUCUUGGAUGAACUGGAACGUGAGUACCAACUUGUGGAGGAUUUGGAAUCACUUGUUCAAAGUAAGGACAUGGAUAAAAUUCUUGACUUGAGAGAGAAAUGCCAACAUCUUCGACACAUAUCUGCGGAACAGGUGUUGAACGAGUGUGAUAACUUGAUCAGACAGUGUAAUGAGAGCGUACUGUAUGUACGUAAUUAUAUUUCGGGCACAUACUGUACAAAGAAAGAGCUGGAGGAUUAUUUGAGAAGUAAAACCAUUUCCAAACAAGAUAAGAUGUUACUACGUCAGGAAUGGACACGCAGCACAAGUAAGAAGAUGAUGGACGAUCUGAUUCACGAUAGUCAGCUGUGCAACAUCCUCAGCCUUCAGAAAACCAUAGACCAUACCAAAGAUUUUCUUUCAGACAUUGGAGAAGAACCUCAUUUUGAAAAUAAGGAUAUUUUAUUAAUCAAACUGCAACAAGCUCAAGAAUUAAUGACACAAUUAGAGUCGUUGAAAAAUGUACUGUCUACUGAGAUAUUGAAUGAUCAAAAUUUGGAAAGUAUCAAGAAGGCCAUACAAAAGGCGUCCGAAAUGAAUUGCCUCGAAGAAGAACGUACAACAGCCCAAAACAGGGUCCAGUUAUUCAUGUAUGCAAGACAAAUACUUGACAAUCCAAGACCUGUAUUGAAAGAUGUUGAUAACAUCUUGCAACAAGCGCACUCUUGGCAAACAUUGGAUGGCACGACGUGGAAAUCACUUUGCUCGCUUAAGCAGCGGUUGACUGAUGAAGAGCUGUUGAAGCAAGACAUCGAAAAAGCAUUGCACGACAAGGACAUUUUUUCUCUUCAAUAUUGUCGUGAGAGAGGAAAAUAUUCUAACCUCUUGGAGGAGUAUCGAAAGCAAAUCGAUCUGGUACUUGCACAGCAAAAACAUGCCAAGGAAGACCUAUUGGCCCUCACAAAACGAUUUGUUGAAUUGAAGCACAUCGAUGAAAAGGAGUAUCUCAAGUUCAAAGAUGUUCUUCCUGAGAAAGAUAUUAACGCACUAAAAGAGAUGGCGUUGAAAAUAUGUCAGCAAAAUCAAGAACAGGAACAAUUAACGAAUAUCAUGGAAAACGAAAUUAAGGAACAAAUUCAAGAGCAUGAAAAUCAAUUGCAAUCAUUGAAAACCAUCUUGGAAGAGAAGCAGCGAGAAAAGGAGUGUAUUCUUGAGUCCAGCACGUCAUUGGAUCUCGAGAUUCAACGGUUGAACCAAGAAUGCGAAUCUCUAAAACAAAAAGCAUUGGAAGCCACUCUAAAAAGAAAUCACAUUGAGCAGCUGAAAUUAGAAAAUAUACGCCUAUUGCAAGAACAGCACGAUAGAAUUCGAGAUACUGAACAACAAUUAACACAUCAAGAGGAUGAAAUUUUGGUUAAUAGCAAACGUAUUGAGGAUCAAGUCAUAAAAAUCAGAGAGUACGAAAAAGAGCAUGAGAACGUGCAAAAGCAAAUGACGUCUCUGAAAGACGAAUUUCUGUCAAUUCAAGCUAAUUUGGAUAUUGUCAUAAAACAGCUUCAAAACGAGAAGUCUAGUAUGGAUAUUCUUAGAGAGGAAUUGAAGCACAAGGAGCUGGAGGUGAUAUCGCAGAAAAAUGAAAAGAACACACUCAUGGAAUGUGUUGCACAAUUACAAAAAACAAGUAACCGUUUGAAUGAAGAAUUGAGCAAUCUCUUAUUGGAAAAAGAAACCUUACGUAAUGAGGAAAUUAAUACCAGGAAACAGUUAGAAUCAAUCCAAGCUAUUUGUGCUAUCCAAUUACAAGAUAUUGACAUGCUGAAAAAUGAAAUUAGAAGGUUGGAAAAAGAGAGGACAAACAUGGACUUGGAGAAAGAGGCUUUGAAUUUAGAGCUUAAAAACUGCUUUGAAAGUUUGUCUGCAAUACAAAACUCCAUGGAGCUACAGCGGCAUCAACUGGAAGAUUUGAGGGAAAAGACUCAUGCUAGAAGCACAGAGUGUAUGGAAUUGGAAGCAUUAAUUCAACAAGAGCAGCUGGCUCUUAAUGACAAGCAACUGUCACUGCAAGAACACUUGAAACAACGAGAGAAGCUAGAAGAAUUACGAAACUCAGAGGAACAAAAGCUCACUGAAGAGAUCAAGCUUUGUGAAAUAUUGCAUCAAGAGGUGUUACAAUUAGAACAGAUUCGCAAUGAAAAGGAAGAGCAGGCAAGGGUAAGACAACAAGAAAAGUACAACCUGGAGCAAGCGUUGAAAUCCAAUCUAGAAGAGAGAUUUGAAGAGGAGAAUGUACAAAUCAACUCACUUAAAGAACAAUGUAAGAAACAAGAGGAGGAACGACUGUUCUUGGAGCAGUUACUCAGAGACGAAAUUCAACGGAUUGAAAACCAGAAAAUACUGAACGAAAAGACUCUUAAAGACUUAAAUAACCAAGCGUCUAGAUUACAAGUAGAUAUUCAUAACCAAACCGCUAAAAUUAAUGAGCUUCAACACUCCCUUACUCUCAAAGAAAAAGAGGUAUCAGUAUUGGAAGAACGUCAUGCAAAACUAUUGGAACAGUUGACCAAUCUCCAACAAUUGAUACAAAAAGAGGAUGAAGAAUUCAAAAACACUCAGGAAAGUAUUUCUAUGCAAAAAGAGUCUAAUCAGAGUGUUAUUCAAACACUCAAGAAGCAACUAGAGGAAGAAGAGAAUUAUUUGUAUGAAGUAACAGAUCUGAUACAGAAAAAAGCCCAAGAAAAUAGUGUGUUGAGAAAUGAACUUACCCUUCUCAAAGAGCAGCAUUUGGAUUUAGAAACACUUCAUAGAGAACAAUUAGCGAUCAAGGAAGAAUAUCAGAAACUUGACAUUCUCAAACGUGAGCUAGCUCAAAAGGAGACAGAAAAGAACCAAAUAGAAGUCGAGAUGGAGUACAUUUCUCAACAACGAAAGCAACUAGAAAGCAUAAAGACAAAGGAAAUGGAAGAGUUAAAACAAUAUCAAACACAACUAUCGGACAAGCUGAUUGCAGAAGAAAUGAAAGUCAAACAAUUGGAAGAAAUGAUUAAGACGAAAGAAUCUCAGAAAGAGUUACAGACUGAAAAGCUCUACAAGAGAGAGACGGAAUUGCUUUUUGAAUUGGAAAACAAAUAUAAGGAGCAGGAAGAAAAACUGAAAUUGCUUGAAAUUCAAGAGAAAAUGAAGCUACAAGAUGAGGAAGACCGACUUGUCAGAAUACAAGAAGCAUUGAAACUUAAAGUGGCAGAAAGAGAAAAUCUAGAGCUAGAACUAGCUCAGGAAACGAACAAGACAUCACAAUUAUUAGAACAACAGCAACGAGAUAACGCUGAAAAACAAGAUCUUCUCCACAAUUUAUCUCAAACUCAUCGCGUACUAGAAGAGCAACAUGACCACAUGACGACAUCAAUUAAGAGCUUGGAAUUGGCCUUAAACCAAAAGCAACAAGAAAGGCAUGAUUUGGAAGAAUUGUUGCGAAAAGAGCAAUCCACACUUGAAGCAGAACGCAAGCAACUAACCGAAUCAGAGCAGCAAAAGAGCGUACAUCAAGAGAAGUUGAAAGCAUUACAGCAAGAACAUGCCACCCUUACAUCUCUUAUUAAAAAAGAAGAAACAGUGCUGAGAGUUGAGAAGGAGAAUUUGAAGAGGCUGCAAAACGAUAUUCAAACUCUUCAGAGAAAACAAUCUCAAUUGGAGGAGGAAGUAAAACAACGGAAAUCUAUAAUGACCAGCGAGGCAACAGAGCAAGCGAAUGGUCCACUUGACAGCAAUUCUGAGAGAGUUCCAAAUGAUUCCAAUGUCGAAGUCGUCACGACGAAUAACGUCAAGAUUACAGAUGAAUCUCCACAAUCAUCAACAGAAGUGACGACUGCAUUCAAAUCUCCAUCAAUGGUAUCCGAAGAAAAGAGCGUGCCACCCGAAAAAAAGAAAGCCAUUCUCCCAAGUAAGGUCAACAAAAAGCCAACCCCAGCCCCAAUUGAAAUUAUUGACUCACUUUUGACGGAUCUUCACAAAAAAGGCAUCAAUGAUGAAUUUCCACAAGAUGACAAGAAGCACUAUAUUCUACCUCUCAAUUAUGAUCCUCUCAUUGUGAUGGUACAGCAAUAUGCAUGCAUUUUAUGCGACAAGUGCAUUAUGGGAAAGGGAGAUUUGUCUCGAUUUUACCACAUGGUAUUUCCCAAGUUGUUAGAGAGCUUGGCUUCUCACAUCAAAUCCGAACAACAUGACAUGGAAGCGCAACAGAGGUACAAAAAACUUUUUACCAAAUUGAGGCACGUUAAAAAAACCUUCUCUGAAUUUGAACAUGUGAAAACCUUGGAGGCCUCAAAGGAAUAUGCAACCUUGUCACUUCUCUUUAUAUUUUAUGCAUUUAUUUAUGGAGUAUUUUCGAAAGAGUUUUGGGAUUAUUAUUGUUCUGCCGUGGAUUUUUUGAAGGAGCAUUAUGAAAGCUCAUCAAGUCUCCUCAUGAACGCGGAUUCACGUGAGGAUUUACUAUUUUUGGUGAAGAAACAAUCAAAAUUCAAAUGUAUACUCUCUGAUUUCGAGACUGUUGCGGACCAUCAAAAGGAAGUUGCAGAGCUAUUACUUGUGGAUCAUCAUAAUUGUCAUCAAUGCUUAUCCAUGCCUCCAUUGGAAAGACUGAAAGGAGUACUCUAUGAAAUUCGGCAAGUUUGUUUCAGGAAUAGUAGUAGUGGUGGUGAUAGCAUGAGUGGACAGAAUUCUCAAGCCAUAUCUGAAUUGCUUCAACUUAAAUUUACUGCUAGCUUGUUAUCUACAUAUGAGAUUGGUUUCAGACAAUUCAAAUUCUUUGGUCGAUAUUUCUUUUGGGAUUAUUUAAAGUUUUAUCUUGAAAAGGUUGCUACCAAGCAGAGCUCGAAUGAAACCUCGACUUUGAUUCAAGAAUUGUAUCAACAUGCUAAUGAGAGGCUGACUUUACUCGUAUCCAAAGAACCAAAUGAUUUAAAGUUUGCCUUAUUUGUGAGCAUGGCUAUCAAUAAGAGAAAACUCGAAGAGAUUUUCACACCUCUGUUUACCAAUCCUCAAAUAGCUGAAUAUUUUUCGGAGGACGCGAUUGUACGCUCUGACAAGGUGAAAGAUGUGCUUUGGGUGCUUGCUCAGAUUGAUUCUUUCACCACUCUACCAACCAUCGACAUUUCACAAAUGAACAAUAUGCAUUUUGAUUAUGCAAAGGGAGCUUGGAUUGGAAUGCAAUAG